GCAGCGCGUUACGCACGCGCGCGCGUAACCGUUACAGCACUAUAAAAAAAAAAAAAGAAUUAGGCACAGACAGAAACGCAACUUCUCCUCCAACACCUUCAGCAUCCUGCACAGGAAAAAGACGGUUUCCGAAGUCAAAAUGAUGUACUACAGCAUCCUCGCUUCAUUCUAUUUGCUGGGCAUGGCCAGCUCUCAAAGCAUAGACAUGCUGACUGCCUGUGUGACCAAGGAGCAAAACUUAGAUAUGACGUGCAAGUUCACCCCAGCAUCCCUCAAUGUGAAUGCAACAUGUACCUAUGAAGUAGAUAAGAAAGUGGUGGCCACUACUGAUAAAUCCAUAAACGUGGAGUCCACCUUCAAGAACCGGGGCAAGGCCGAGAUCAGUAGCAAUAUAUGCAAGUUGUCUCUGACAGGUUUUGCAGAUGACCAGCCCAAGACGUAUACCUGUACCAUCAAACAGGAGAAGUCUGUUACAAAGGAAAUAAUUGUGGAAAAGAACAAGCUGAAUGCCUGCUCUGCUGGCAAUACUCUGAAGCAUGGUGGUGUGAUUCUGCUGUUGGCUUUUGUCCUCCCUCUGCUGUCUGGGAUGCUGUGAGCCAUUAGGAAGAAUGUUGGAGAGAAAUACAGCCUUAAACAUUCACCGCUGGCCAGGCCGUGGCAACGAAGCCAAAGUUUCUGCCCUGCACUAAAGAAACGACCUGCUCCUGCUCUCAAACUUUAAGUGCUUUCAAAUGAUGAGGAUAAUGCCUGUAGUCUUUCAUUUGUAUUCAUUUCUAUGGUCUGUGUUUGUGACAAAUUGGUCUUAAGGCUGGGAUUUUCUGUCUUCUUUCUGUGUAUUAGUCGUGACUUCUUACGGCAUGCUGUAUUACAUCAUAUUACAUAUCAAAUUAGAUCAUAAGAAACAUGUGAAGCAUGUGGGUACUGUUUUAAUUGUGUUUAUAUACUGAUUGCCAUUAAAAAAUAGUUUUUCUUAUGUUUUAGUACCAUGAUACAAUAGGUUUAUUUUGAUUUUUACUGAAUUACUGCAUUAAAAGUGAUUGACUAUAUAUCUUGUCUGAGCUUGAUACCCUGUUUAAAGAAAUAAAAUGCAUUUUCUGCUACA